AUGACAGAUAAACUUUAGUCAAUAGCCAACAGAGAGGAACAACUUGUAAAUACUGAUAAUAGAGCUGAAUUUUCACUUGGAAAAUUUACACCUAUUGAACUAGCUUGGGAUAAACUUAUAAUAAAUGCCACCAUAAAAGUUGGGAAGACUACCACCGAAAAAUGCUUGCUUAAUAAUCUUUAAGGAGUGAUGAAACCUGCUCACUUUACUGCUAUUUUGGGUCCAUCAGGAUCAGGAAAGACUACUUUAUUGAACUUUUUGUCAGGUCGUUUAAUAUCUGACAAUCUAAAAAUAUCAGGAGAACUUUCUUUAAAUGGAAAACGAAUUAAUGACAUUGAUAAAUUUAAUGAUUAAAUGGCCUAUGUCAUGCAAGAUGAUAUUUUACUAGCCACCUUCUCACCCAGAGAGGCAUUUUAUUUUUCAGCCAAUAUGAGAUUGACAAUCAGCGCAGAGGAAAAAGCAUAAAGAGUAGAAGCUUUGAUUAGAGAAUUAGGAAUAACAAAAUGUGCAGACACUAGAGUGGGAAAUACAUAAAUUAGAGGCGUAUCAGGAGGUGAAAGAAAGAGAGCAAGCAUAGGAGUGGAAUUAUUAACAAAUCCAAGUCUAAUAUUUCUAGAUGAACCAACCACUGGCUUGGAUUCAUCAACUGCAUUAUAAGUGAUUGAUUUAUUGAAGAAAUUGGCCAAAAAUGGUCGUACUAUAGUUAGUACGAUACAUUAGCCUUCAUCUGAAAUUUUUAAUAAUUUUGAUAGACUUAUGCUAUUGGUUAGAGGAAACAUAAUUUAUCAAGGGGAUGCAGAAUAAGCCAUUGAUUACUUUGCUACUAUGGGAUACUAAUGUCCUAAUUUUUCUAAUCCUUCAGAUUACUUUAUGAAAUUGAUGAAUGAGGAAGGGCUACUAGUUGAAAAGAUUCAAGCAGGAGAAUCUGAAGAUUUCGAUGAUGCUUAAAUAAAGGCUGAAUUUGAGUAAAGAUUAGAAGGAUUUAUUGAAAACUACAAAAAUUCAAAUAUGAUUAAAGAAUUGGAUACACAUGAAACAGCAUUAAUUAAAGAAAAUGAUGUUGGAUUCCAUAUAGGAUUUGUUUAAUAAUUUUUACUUAUUUAUUAAAGAUCAUUUUUGAAUGAAAUUAGAAAUCCAAUGGAUGUAAAAUUGAAAAUAUUUUAAUCUAUUGUCAAUGCUAUUAUGUUAAUGCUCGUUUAUUCAGAUUUGGGCAAAUAUAACGAAGGAUUGUAAAAUAGAUUUGGUGCUUUGUUCUUUAUUUGUACUGGUAAUGCUUUUGGUGGAAUCCAAGGAGCUUUACAUACUUUUUCAAUGGAAAGACCUCUGUUUUUAAGAGAAAGAAUAAACAAAACCUAUAGUGUUCAUUCAUUCUUUUGGGCAAGAUCAUUGGCUGAAUUUCCAUUCCAAAUAAUCUACCCUUCUCUUUGUGUUAUAAUAGUUUACUAUGUAAUAGGAUUAAGUGAUGAAAAUGUAGGCAAAUUCUUUAUGCUUAUUCUCAUCUAAUUCUUAACAUAUUAAUAUGCAGUUUCAUAUGGAUUGCUUUUAUCAACCAUUAUUCCAAAGAUUGAAGUGGCUACAGCACUAGUCCCUGCUUUGGUUAUUCCAUUUAUGAUUUUGGGAGGAUUCUUCGUAAAUUAAGAUAAUAUUCCUUAUAUUUUCUACCCUUUCACCUACUUAUCAAUGUUCAAGUAUGGAUUUGAGGCAGCCGUUAUUAAUGAAUUUGAUAAUAUAAGUUACGAGUGCAUGCCAGGUCAGCCAUGUUAACCAGUAGAGAUGUUAUCAAUUUCAUUGACAAAAUGGGAAUGUUGCUAUAUCUUAAUUGGAUUAGCUAUAGGGAUUAGAAUUUUCGCCUAUCUGGCACUUCACUUAAUAUCAAGUCCUGAGAAACCAAAAUUAUAGCCUCCUGAAAGCAUGCAAAUAAAUAAUAAACCAAAAUGA